AUGAACACACGUUCGCUCGAGCGGUGCACAUCUCUAUCAUCCACGCCCGAUCUUAAUUUAUCAUCAGUUAUUGAUCGAAGUGUAUCGAAUUCAAUUACAAAUUUCUCAUCGUUUCCUGAAACUCAAACACCAUCAUUAUCUAUAUCAAUCACAAAUGUUUAUCAACCGUCGGAUAUUGUUGCCCUCCCUGAACCAUCAUCAUCUCAUGAAUCUGUGAAUAUUAAAUCAAUUGAAAAUUCAACUGAUGACAAUAUAUCAGAUGCUUUAUCUUCGACCAGUCCAAAUAUUCUGGCAUUAUGUUCGUCUAUAGCAGCAACUGAUAAUACUAUUUCACAUGAAGAUGAAUUACAAAAACUCCAAAGUGAUGAAAUUAAUUCAUGUUUAAUAAAUGAUGUUCAUAUGGCUAAUAGUUGA